AUAGGACUUAAACCGGAUCAUGGCGGCGCCUGUUGGGCGGGAUACCUUGCCGGAACACUGGUCUUACGGUGUCUGCAGGGACGGCAGGGUCUUCUUCAUUAACGACCACACUCGGACUACGACCUGGAUCCAUCCCCGCUCCGGAGAACCGGUCAACUCUGGACACAUGAUCCGUUCAGAUUUACCUCGGGGUUGGGAAGAAGGAUUUACGGACGAAGGGGCCAGCUACUUCAUAAAUCAUAACCAGAGGACCACAACAUUUCACCAUCCUGCAACAGGGCAGGUUUCUCCAGAGAACAUGGACUACAUCCUGCAAGACCAGCUGCAGGGAGCUCAGAUAAUGUCAAAACCUGUCGGCGAGCAUCUGUCCAGCACCACGAUCAGCGAGGCCUCCACUGUCGUCACAUCCUCCACUGUGGACUCCACAUCUGCCUCCAAGGGCUCUCGGUCCAGUGGCAAGCUGCACAGCUUUGGGAAGAGAGAGCAGUCCAUUAAGCGAAACCCCAAUGUUCCAGUUGUGGUGCGAGGAUGGUUGUACAAACAGGACAGUUCUGGAAUGCGUCUUUGGAAGAGGAAGUGGUUUGUCUUGGCUGAUUUCUGUCUGUUCUACUACAAGGACAGCCGAGAGGAAUCAGUCUUGGGCAGUAUUCCUCUCCCGAGUUAUGUCAUUUCACCAGUGGGGCCCGAAGACCAUAUCAGCCGCAAGUAUGCCUUUAAGGCUAGCCACACGGGCAUGCGCUCUUAUAUUUACAAACGGAGCUCUGUAAUUGGCUCACAGGCAGAGCACAGUGGGAUGCGGACGUAUUAUUUCAGCGCUGACACUCAGGAGGACAUGAACACCUGGCUGAGGGCUAUGAAUCAGGCUGCACUGAUGCAGAACCCCGACGACACUCUCGUCAGACCAUCUGACCAGUUGGAAAAGAAAAACAUCUUGCAUAAGCAAGCUGUCCCACAGGCAAACCACAUUAACCACCACAAGACCAAGAUGCCAGACACUGAGACGGUCAGACCCUUCACCCACGAUGUUCUCCUUGAGUCGAUACACCGUGAUGCAGAGGAGCACUGCAGCUUCCACAAAGACUCUCCUGCUUCUGUCAUGUUGGAGCAGUCCAUAGGAGGCGCUGUACUGGAGAUGGACACACACGCUUCCCUACCUGCCAACACCGUAUCCUCUUCCCACAUACAGUCAGACCCUGUGUCAUCCUCAGCACCCAUCUCCAGGGUACCGUCUCGAGCACCAUCACGACAUGCCUCAACAUUGCCCUCCAGCACGUUUUGUACAAGGAAUGGCCUUGUAUCGACACCCAGUCCAAUUCUGGAGCCCAAUGGGAUUGCAGCAGGAACUUACCAGAGGGCCCCAGCGUCGCCCCCUACAGAGACACACAAGCAGGUGCAGAGGAGAAGCACUCUGGAACAAGUGGAGCAUUGGGUCAAAGUCCACAAAGCUGAUCAGAAAGGGCCCACAUCCAGAGAGAACACCCUCCCUUGCCACACACCACCAGCCCAGCCCAAAUUUACCUCUGUGGACACCUACCAGUCUCUGCCAAAGACUCCUCGCCACAGCCCCCCUCCUGCCAGACUUGGUGAAUACAAAUACGCCCAAGACCGCCUCAAUCACUUCCGACUCACCCCAGAACAAGCUGGCCCGGGCGCUCACACCGUCUGGCAGCUAUAUGAGUGGCAGCAGCGACAUCAGUUCCGUCAUGGCAGCCCCACCGCACCACUGUACACCCCAGCACCAGAUUACCCUUUUGGCCCACGCCCCCCAUCCACUGUGCCUACUUCCUCUGCAGCUGCCAGGUCUGGGUCUGAUGGGCCCUCCCGCUGUGUUUCUGUACCUCCUUCCUCCGCAGACAUCCCACCACUGGGCCCCCCGCCAGGCACCAGCCGAACACUGUCACCCAUGCGGAGGCCACACACACCCGCUGAAAGGGUGACGGUCAAGCCCAUGGGUGAUAUGUCAGUGGUGGACAUCCCCUUUACUGUGUCCCCUCGUCGCACAAAAUCCCAGCUGCUCAAGGCAGCUACUAUCGAGAGACGGUCAAUGCCUCCAUCGGGCUACAUCACACACACAGUCAGUGCUCCCAGCCUUCAUGGCAAAACGCCCGAGGAGCUCACUCUGCUCCUCAUUAAGCUGCGCCGCCAUCAGGCCAAGAUGGCCUCCGCACGCCAGCACACACUAACUCAGCUCCAGCGGUUCAGCAGUCCCAAAGAGACCUACCAACAAAACCACCUCCUCAGCACCACCACCACUUGCAACAGCCCCCUCCUCACCUCGUCUGUAACGCCCCUCGGACAUGUAGGCCUCUCAGCUCCCCUGGGCCCCUACAGCACCCAGGCUGAUGACACCUACAUGCAGCUGAAGAAGGACUUGGAGUAUCUGGACCUGAAGGUAGCUGGAAGUCAGACUCUGAAGGAAUCAGGAAAACCUGUGAAAGUUGCAGAAAGUGAUGUGGAUGUGAAGUUGAGUCGUUUAUGCGAGCAGGACAAGAUCCUGAAGGAGCUGGAAGUAAGGAUCAUCUCCUUGAAGGAGGACAAGGACAAGUUGGAGAAUGUGUUGGCUGUUUCCCACCAGCAGAUGGAGAAGUACCAUGAGCAGCCAGCCCAUGCCCACAAGAUCGCCUACCAGCAGCGGCUGCUGCAGGAAGAUCUGGUCACCAUCAGAGCCCAGCUAUCUCGCCUGUCCACAGAGAUGUCUCAGGCCUGGGGGGAGUACAUCAAGCUGGAGGGGUCAGUAGAGCAGCUGAGAGUGGCUUUGCAGGCACAUAUGAACCACAGCGCCACCCCUCAGCAAGACAAAGCUGAGAUGAAACAUGAACUGUGGAGAAUCGAGGACGUGAUGGCCGGACUGAGUGCCAGCAAAUCCAACUACAAGGUCACCAUUGCAUCUGUCCAGAACCCAGAAAGGAAACUAGUGCCUUCUGUGACGGACCCUGCUCACGGCACAAAGGUCCAGCCUCCCCCACGCACCUCCAACCUCGGCCUUCUCUCCCACACUUUGCCUCACAGCACAGUGCCAAAAUGGGCAGAGGACAGCGCACCGCCCAGGCCACCACUGCCACGCCUCUAUGACUAUGAGGAGACGCCCCCUGUGGUGCCACCCCUGCCAAAAGAAUCCUCAGUCAUCCGCCACACAUCAGUGCGUGUCCUGAAACGCCAGUCAGAUGAGAGGAAGAAGGAUAGAGAGGGCGGGCAGUAUGUUGUUAAUGGCGAUUGUAAGUCGGAUUUGCGGUCGUACCUGAGUGAGCCGGAACUGCCACGGACAAGCCGCCAUCUCACCGCGUCUGAUGCCGAUCAUCAAUGUUUUCACAGCAAAGGUUUGUUGGGCUCCUCCUCUCGACUGGACCAGUCCAACUCCAUUUCUUCUUACGUCACCUUCAGGAGAGGUGCUGGGAGCUCUGCAGCUAAGGAGAGACCCAAGAGUGCCUUAGAUUGUCUGUCAUCUCCCGCAGAGGCCCAGCAGGUCUUCAGUAGCCAGGCUCGGGGCCGAAUGAGCGCAGAGGAGCAGUUGGAACGCAUGAAGCGCCACCAGAAAGCGCUAGUUCGUGAGCGCAAGAGGAACCUAAGCCAGGGCGACCGCUCCUGCACGGGAAUGUCCAGUUCCACCGUCAUCACCCAGUGCUCCUCCUCCUCUUCCAGGCUACCCUCUAGCACUUCUGAUCCCCCGGCCUCCGUGUUUGAUUGGCAGGAAGAGCGACUUGGAGCAGAAGGUCAGAGUGAUGAAGGGCGGAGCCAAACGAAAGAGAUGGCGUGGAUUCCGUCAGAUGAGUGGACAAAGGUGACUGUGACUCACAUGAGAGAGGUGGAUUUGGAGCCUUUGGACUAUGACCUGGAUAUCAGCCGAGAGUUGUCCAAACCUAAGAAAGUUCCAAUCCCAGAGCGUUAUGUGGAGUCUGAUCCUGAGGAGCCACUGAGUCCAGAGGAGCUGCAGGAGCGCUCCCGCCGGGCCGAGCGCAUCAAAAAUCUGUUGGCCAAAUCCAGUUUUCAGAACAUGCAGCCACCGUCUGGUCCCAGUGCACCGCUGGACUUCAGUGAACUGGAUUCAGCUCUACGGCAGCAGGAGAGGAUCAUGAACGUGUCCUAUGCCCUUGCUUCAGAGGCAUCACGCAAGAGCAAACUGGUCGCAGCCAAAGCCGCCGCUGAGCACUGAGCCGCUGGACGAUGACUUACCAAUCAUAUUAACUCCAUUUAUUUUGAGGAAAA